AUGUCUCUCCAGGUUUCCCCUCAGGCACCAUGGAGGAACAACAACAUCACCUUUUUGAACAAAGACAUUCCCGUGUCAGAACAAGGAGAAACUAUUAUUGGCUUCUAUCUGCUGGCUCUCGGUUGGAUGUCUUGGUUUGGGAACAGCAUUGUAAUAUUUGUACUGUAUAAACAGAGAGCUAUCCUUCAGCCUACAGAUUACCUGACAUUUAACCUGGCUGUAUCUGAUGCCAGUGUCUCUGUCUUUGGGUACUCUCGUGGGAUCAUUGAAAUUUUUAACGUAUUCAGAGAUGAUGGAUUUCUUAUCACAUCAAUAUGGACUUGUCAGGUGGAUGGAUUUCUGACACUGCUGUUUGGUCUUGCUAGCAUUAAUACACUCACAGUGAUUAGCAUUACUCGCUACAUUAAAGGAUGCCAUCCUGAUCGAGGGCAUUGUAUCAGCAAUAGCAGCAUCUCUGUGGCCCUUUUUCUUAUAUGGAUAGCAGCUUUCUUCUGGUCAGUAGCUCCAGUCCUGGGAUGGGGCAGUUACACAGAUCGCAUGUAUGGAACAUGUGAAAUAGACUGGGCAAAAGCCAACUUCUCGACAAUCUACAAGUCUUACAUUGUGUCCAUCUUCAUCUGCUGCUUCUUCCUACCUGUUUCUGUCAUGGUUUUCUCAUAUGUGUCUAUCAUCAAUACAGUCAAGUCAAGCCAUGCGUUGAGUGGAGUGGGAGAUCCAACCAACAGGCAGAGGCAUAUGGAACGAAGUGUCACGAGGGUCUCCAUAGUCAUUUGCACAGCCUUUAUCACGGCCUGGUCCCCAUACGCGGUCAUCUCCAUGUGGUCUGCCUAUGGCUACGCUGUGCCCAAUUUAACCAGCAUCCUCGCCAGCCUUUUUGCCAAGUCUGCCAGCUUCUACAACCCCAUCAUCUACUUUGGAAUGAGCUCCAAAUUCCGGAAGGACAUUUCCAUCUUGCUCCACUGUGCCAAAGAGAUCAAGGACCCUGUGAAGCUCAAACGGUUCAAGAACCUCAAACAGAAACAGGAAAAUUCGCCUUCUCAGAGAGAAGAGAAAUACGCAGCAGACGUCCAGCCUGCUCUAAGUCCCGAUUCGGGGGUGGGGAGUCGUUCCAACACCCCUCCUCCUGUGAACCAGGAAGUAUACUUUGGUGCUUUCGAUACCCCGUCCAACAAUCCCAACAUUGAAUGCGACAGACUGUGA